UGCCAGAGUCGGCCAGUCAUUUCCUGAAAACCGGCAGCAUGAGCAGAGGGAGCCUGGUGGAAGAUGCGGCCACGGCCUCCAGUUACAGAGACUUCAAGGUGGAGCACUUCCACCUGGAGCUCGAUGUGGACACCCAGGCCAGGAAGCUGAGCGGCUCGGAGAAGCUGGAGCUCCGGGUGCUGAGAGAGAGCAAGGAGCUGAGGCUGGACACUUACUCCAGUCUGAAUAUACUAGGGGUAUGGGAAGAGCCGAGUGCCGGGGAACGGAAGAAGCUGCCAUGGGACAAUCAGCCCUUCACUAGCUAUGGCACUGUCACUGUCAUCAGCCUGCCCGAGCCUGUCCCAGCUGGUACCCAGCUACACAUCACCAUAGAGUACGAGGUCGGAGACAAUCCAGGGGUAUGCUGGUUGGAACCGGAGCAGACAGCAGGGAAGAAGAAGCCUUACAUGUAUACACAGGGUCAAGCUGUUUUAAACCGCUGCUUUUUUCCAUGCUUUGAUACACCUGCUGUUAAAAGCACUUAUUCAGCAAAUAUAAAGGUUCCUGAAGGUUUCACAGCAAUUAUGAGUGCCGACACCUGGGAUCGUAAUGGUGACACAUUCAUCUUCAAAAUGACGCAACCUAUUCCUUCUUAUCUUGUUGCUCUAGUAGUUGGGGAUAUUGUUUCUGCAAAAGUGGGGCCAAGGAGCAGGGUUUGGGCAGAACCAUGCUUGAUUGAUGCUGCCAAGAAAGAAUAUGAUGGUGUAAUAGAGGAGUUUCUUACUGUAGGGGAAAAACUAUUUGGGCCGUAUGUAUGGGGCAGGUAUGAUGUCUUGUUCAUGCCUCCAUCGUUUCCAUUUGGUGGUAUGGAGAACCCCUGUAUCACUUUUGUCACCCCAUGUCUGCUGGCUGGCGAUCGUUCUCUGGCGGAUGUUAUUAUCCAUGAAAUAUCCCACAGCUGGUUUGGUAACCUGGUGACCAAUGCUAACUGGGGAGAGUUCUGGCUGAAUGAGGGUUUUACUAUGUAUGCCCAGCGGAGGAUUACCACUGAAAUCUCUGGACAUGAGUACAGUUGUCUGGAAGCAGCCACAGGAAGAGCUCUUCUCCGUCAGCACAUGGACUCAUCAGGAGAAGACCAUCCAUUAAACAAGCUCAGAGUCAUAUUAGAACCAGGAGUGAAUCCAGAUGACACCUACAAUGAGACCCCUUAUGAGAAAGGUUUCUGCUUUGUCUCUUAUCUUGCUCACCUUGUUGGGGAUCAAAGCAAAUUUGAUAAUUUUCUUAAGGCUUAUGUUGACAAAUUUAAAUUUCAGAGUAUAACUGCUGAUGAAGCCUUGGCAUUUUAUUUAGAUUACUUCCCAGAGCUUAAAGCAAAGAAUGUUGAUAAAAUCAAGGGCCUGGAAUUUGACCAUUGGCUAAAUACUCCUGGUUGGCCUGCUUUCUUGCCAGACCUGUCCCCUGGUACUACUCUCAUGAAACCAGCUGAUGACUUAGCCAAGCUCUGGUCAUCUUCUCCCCCAGACAUGGAAGCUAUUAGAAAAGUGGAUGUCUCAUCUUGGAAAACAUAUCAGAUCAUCUACUUUUUGGAUCAGAUUCUUGGGAAGUCCCCUCUACCACCUGGUAAUGUGGAAGAGCUUGGAAAAUAUUACACAAAGAUUUCUGAAGCCACCAAUGCUGAACUCCGCCUUCGUUGGGCCCAGAUUGCGCUGAAAAAUGAUUACCAAGAUCAUUUUCCUAAAGUUUGCGAUUUCCUGCACAGCCAAGGGAAACAGAAGUACACAUUACCACUGUACCGUGCUAUGAAAGCUGGAUCCGAGGCUGCUCUUGCUCUAGCCAUGGAAACCUUCCAGUCUACAUCUCCGCAGCUUCAUCACAAUGUCCGCAAAUAUGUGAAAAAGAUCUUGGGCGAGUAGGGAAUGUUGCAUUACAAGAAACAAUACAUGUCAAUACAU